AAAUAUCGAUAGUGAUCGCCUGACACUUCAUAAAAUGUGAUAAUAAUAAAAUUGUGUUAUCAGCAGUGUAAAUUCAAUAUAACCUAUAUUGAUGAAUAUUUAGAGUACAGAUUAUAGAGAAAUGAACGACAAUGAAUUUACCAUUUAUUAAAAAUUUUUCAAACUUACCACAUAGGAUCUUAAUUAAUCACUGUCAAUAUAAAAAUAAAAGCAAAUUAUUAUUAUGUAAUAAUAUUAAAAUACAUUUAAUAAGAUCAAAAACAACCAAUCCCACUCUAUAUGAAAUCAGGCGAAAUGCUAAAAAAUCUAUUAAUAUAUAUGGAUACUUUUUGCUGGUUGUACCAAUUUCAACAUUUUUUCUUGGUACAUGGCAAUUACAAAGACGUCAAUGGAAGUUAAAAUUAAUAGAGGAUUUACAAACUCGAAUAAAUGCUGAACCUAUUGAUUUAGUAGAGAAUAUCAAUCAACUGGACUCUUUGGAAUAUUAUACUGUAAAAGUAAAGGGUAAAUUUUUACACGAAAAGGAAUUUCUUGUUGGGCCUAGAUCUGUAAUUCAUCAUAAUAUCGCUACGGACACAGGAAAUCUAUUUAGUAGAAGAAAUACUAAUGGAUGGAAUGUUAUCACACCAUUUAAGGUAGAAAAUCAAGAUUUAACAAUCUUAGUAAAUCGUGGUUGGAUAUCUGAAAAAGCAAAAAAUUUGCCACUUAGUAAAAUUGAAGAUACUAUUGAAAUUAAUGGUAUUGUAAGAAAAGAAGAAUCUAGACCAGCUUUUAAUCCUUCAAAUAAACCUAAACAUGGAAUAUGGUAUUAUAGAGACGUAACAGCUAUGGCCAAGAUGGCUGAUACUUCACCUAUAUUUAUUGACUUAUGGUCCGUAAAAGAUCCUCCUGAGGGACCACUUAGUUGUCAAACUAGAAUUACAUUACGAAAUGAACAUUUUUCUUAUAUGGUUACUUGGUAUACUCUCUCCUUAUGUACUGCAACCAUGUGGUAUAAAAUUUUUAUAAAGAAGCUACCAUUGGCUUAAUUAGCACAAGUUUAAAGGUAUUAAUGAUGAAAACUUGUAUUUGUACAUUAUGCAUAUAUAAUAAAUGCAACGCAUGUAAAAUUUUUUGCCAUGAAUACCUAUCACAAUUUAAUGAAACUCCUUCUAUAUUAUAGCAUGCACUAUUUGACUGAUGUCUUUGCGUUUUCGUUUUAUGUGAUAAUAAUAAUAAGUAAAUGGUAUAUCGAUUUUUAAUCGAAGAUAUAAAAUGUAAUUUCAUGACACAAUUAUAUGUAUAUAUUUUUUUGUAUUAUAACUUAUAUAAUUUAGAUAUAAUUUAUUUGUUCAUUACAAAAUAUUUUUUAUUAUCUUAUUUUUAAUAAGAUAUUUAAUAAAAUGAACGAGUAUUUAACUUAUAAUCAUAGAUUUCUUUAUUUUAUAACGCAACAAGUGAGUACUCCAUUUAUAGGAGGAUAUUAAUUGCUCCCAGAAACAUUAUUUCCCAUAUAUAUAACAACAAUAACAGCGAUAAUAGCGAUCAUUAUCAGCAAAACUGCUAACAGUAGUAUAUAGUACAUUAACGAAUGAGCAUAGAAAAUAUCUUUAUACAAAUAUGAAAAUAUACAAUAUACAAAUUACAUCAA